CUGUUUAUAGCUGUCACCUCCAUCCGUUGGGGGAGCACUCCCUCUCAUGGAAUUGGAAAAGAGGCCGCACCUCAUUCUUGACUAAAUCUCGAUUGUUUUAGGAAGUAACUUUCUGCGGACAAGUGACUCAUUAUGGAUAUAUGAUGGAUUCGCCCUUCGGAGCGGGCAACUAAGCAGAUCUCUGAGUGAGUUGGUUGGAGCCAAACUCUUCGUUUGAGCUGACUAAUAGGAAUGCUGACGACGUGUUGUGUCUACUCCCUUGGAGAUAGCUUGGCAUCCGUGCAGGCGAGGUUGGUGGAGUGCUUGGGCUUAGGCUUGGCCCCCAAAAGGUCUUCUUUUGGGCUAGAGUUUUCAUUUGUCUUUGUAACUAUUGUGCCGUUAAUUCUACCUUCUUGAAUUGUUUGAGGUUAUCGUUUUUUUAGAAUAUCAAAUAUAAAUGAUCGAUAUUUGUGAAAAUAUAAACAUGAAAUUUACUUAUUGAAAUAAAAUUUAUAUAUUUUGAAGAAAAGGUUCAAUUCAGUAGAAUUUGUGAAGUCAAUAGGGAUUAGGGAGUGGGAGUUUUAAAGUUAAAACCCUUCUGAAAAUCCAAAAUCCUUCACCACACCCUACUUUAUUUCUUAUUCCCCUUUUAACACCCUGCAAAUUGAGAAAUGGAUCCCGGGAGCGGCGCGUCGCUGCCGUCGUCCUGCCCCGACGCGCGGAAGCGGCGCGUAUCGUACUUCUACGAGCCAACAAUCGGCGACUACUACUACGGCCAAGGCCACCCAAUGAAGCCCCACCGCAUCCGCAUGGCGCACAAUCUCAUCGUCCACUACGCCCUCCACCGCCGCAUGGAAAUCAGCCGCCCCUUCCCCGCCGGCCCCGAAGAUAUCCGCCGCUUCCACUCGCCGGAGUACGUCGAGUUCCUGUCCUCCGUCUCCCCCGACACGCUUCACGACCACACACACGCGCGUCACCUCAAGCGCUUCAAUGUUGGCGAGGACUGCCCCGUGUUUGACGGCUUAUUCAGCUUUUGCCAGGCCUCCGCCGGCGGCUCUAUCGGUGCUGCAGUCAAGCUCAAUAGGCAGGAUGCUGAUAUUGCGAUUAAUUGGGCCGGCGGUUUGCAUCAUGCGAAGAAGAGUGAGGCUUCGGGAUUUUGCUACGUUAAUGAUAUUGUGCUGGGGAUCCUUGAGCUGUUAAAAGUCCAUAGGCGUGUACUAUAUGUAGACAUUGAUAUUCACCAUGGAGAUGGUGUUGAGGAGGCCUUUUAUGUCACUGACCGUGUAAUGACAGUAUCAUUCCAUAAAUUUGGUGAUUUUUUUCCUGGGACUGGGCAUAUUAAAGACAUCGGGGCAGCAGCAGGGAAGUAUUAUGCUCUUAAUGUCCCAUUGAAUGAUGGAGUGAAUGAUGAGAACUUCCGUACUUUAUUUCGUCCCAUCAUCCAGAAGGUCAUGGAGGUCUACCAGCCAGAUGCUGUUGUUCUUCAAUGUGGGGCAGAUUCAUUGGCUGGUGAUCGAUUAGGAUGCUUUAAUUUGUCCGUCAAAGGCCAUGCUGAUUGCCUUCGUUUUUUGAGGUCGUUCAAUGUUCCUCUUAUGGUUUUGGGUGGGGGAGGAUAUACAAUUAGGAAUGUUGCCCGUUGCUGGUGCUAUGAGACUGCAGUUGCAGUUGAUGUGGAACCAGAUAAUAGGUUGCCAUACAAUGAAUAUUACGAGUACUUUGGGCCAGAUUAUACUCUUCAUGUGGAACCAAGCCAUAUGGAAAAUCUGAAUACAGAGAGAGAUUUGGAGAAGAUCAGAAUCCGAAUCGAUAGAGUCAUUGUGGCCAGAAAUAUGCUACUUGAUCAACUUUCUAAACUACAACAUGUGCCCAGCGUCCCAUUUCAGACAAUGCCUCCAACCACAGAAGUUCCUGAAGAGAGGGAAGAAGACAUGGAAGUUAGACCGAAACCCCGGAUAUGGAGUGGUCAGAACGAUUAUGAAUCUGAUGAUGACGAGGACGAGAAGCCUCUGCAGCGAAGUUUGAAUAGCGACGCUACAUAUCAAACAAGCACAGAUCUGAGGGGUAGUUCUGACACAGUCAAAGAGGAGGAUAUGACAGACGACACCAUCAAAGAUGAGAUUUCUCAUUGAUAUUGCUGGUUUCUUGGACUCCUGUGCAGAUAUGUUUUCCCUUCCAUUUGUUUCAGUGACCUAAAUGUAAGUUAUACAGAUGAAAACAAGCAACGUGUUGCAUUUUGAUGAUAACGCUCGUUGAGUCUUGUUUCACCCAUCAUUGCUGCAGUUUCGCCAGGGAAUUUACCUAGAGGAAUUUGCUUGUUCCUAUGUAAAGUCAGUGUACGUGUACGUUUGAGCAGGUCCCGGCGUUUCAGCAUUCAGUUCAAAGAAAAAUGAGACCUUAUCCAUUGUCAUGAUCAUCUUGAUGGGUAUACCCUGACGUAGUUUGUAAGGUAGAACCAGAACCGUAUCAAAGGACAAGGACUUGUUCUCUA